AUGGCCGGAAUUGUCAACAAGGAGUUUCCUGAGUUGGCCCAGACAGGGCUGAACUACCUGUCAUGGUCCUCGGACUGCAAGAUUUUUCUCCAGGGCAAAACCCUCCUGAGGGCGAUCGAUGAGUAUAUGGCUGAGCGCAGUGCUUCUGGCCUUUGGACCGCUCUUAAGCAGCGGUUUGAGCGGCUGAAGUACACUGUGAAGCCACGUGCAGAGGCAGAGUGGAUCCGUCUGAGGUUUGCGGACUUCAAGACGGUUGGGGAGUACAAUUCGGCUUUGCAUCGGAUUUGUACGACUCUUCGGUUGUGUGGUACUGAGAUUACAGACUCCCAGAAGAUUGAGAAAACCCUAUCCACUUUCCACCCGACGCGGUCCAGUCCUCACGGAACUACCGCCAGGGGAACUACACGAGAAGAAGAGGGGCCGGAAGGGCAAGAAGAAGGGCCCUCACCCCCCCCCCCCGCCCCGGCUAAGCAGAACAAGCCGGGCAAGGGAGGGCAGAGGCCUCAGGACUGCUUCCGUUGUGGCUCGGUGGAGCAUUUCUCCCGCCAGUGCCGCGCACCACAGGAGGUCGUUGAUGCAUAUAAGGCUCGGAAGGCGCGUGAGACGCACCUCGCCUUGGUUCAGGAGGGAGCACCACCGGCGCCCGUGGCGGCACCCGUGAUGAUCUCUACGCCCCUUGCUGCGCCCAUAGAGGCGACCCCCGUGGUGCCCAUCGCGGCGGCUUUGGCGGUCUCUAAUGACGCCCACGUUGCCAUGGAGGUUGACCACAUGGUCGCCUCGGCGGUGCCGCAACUAGAUGUUGAUGCUGCCUCCAAGAUGAUUUCUAAGGAGGAUCAGCUCACUAGUAUGGAGAUUGCGGCUGAAGUCAAUGGCUUCUUCACCGAGUCUACUUAG